AUGGGAAAGAAGCCGGUUGCGAAUUCAAGGAAGUACGGUUGUCCGAAAUCGGCAGGUGAAGAAGAAAUCAUGCCGCGAAAUUACAUCCGGAAAACAACACGUCAGAACUGGGAUGAACAAGCUAUGAUUAAAGCCAUAGAAGCCGUAAAACAGGGUAUGCCAUAUAAAGCCGCCUCCAAACAAUUUUUAGUCCCACUUAUGGCACUUAAAAGAAGAGUUAAAGGAAAGAACGUUUACGCUGUGGGGGGCACCAAAAUGUUGGGAAGUAUCAAGAAAGUAUUCACGGAUGAACAGGAGCUGGAGCUAGUGCAACAUAUUAAAGACAAUGAAGAGACUAUGUACGGUUUUACAGUUGAUGACGUUCGUAAAUUUGCUUUUGAGAUAGCUGAAAGAAACAAAAUAAGGCAUCCAUUUUCUACUACGUCCCGUAAAGCUGGUAAAGACUGGCUAAGGGGGUUUCGACAAAGACAUCCUGAUAUCACUCUACGUGCCCCGGAGUAA